UGUCAUCAGCAACAUCUCGAAUUGAUGAUUUCAGCUUUUCUACCCAUGUAUGGUUCAUUCUGAAUGUUUUGUUUUAUAUUUCUGAGUUUUUAUUCAUUUUUAUUAUCGUGGCAUGCUCAUCAGCUCAAACUGAGCAGUGGUUUUCGUUUUUGAUAGGUGAACCAUGCGUCUUGCCUUGCGUUUGCUGCGUCCAGCAGCAAAUCAGAACAUCAAAAAUCCCAAACUAUGGCAAGAUCCAGUACUAGGUUAUUUUGAAACUCAUGGUAAGAUGGAAUUUCUUCCUGGACAGGAGUACAACCUUAGCGAUGACGAAAAGAAAGCUGUGUUAUGGAGAUAUCGUGUGAAGGAAAUCUUGAAGAAAGAGUAUCUUCGGCGCGAGUAUGAUCCACACAACUUCAAAUAUAAAGAGGGUGUGGUUAUGGACCCUGCCAUGUUUCGAUGGUAUUCUGCUGACAUGACACAGGCUGAGUUCUUCCGAGUUACGCCAAGAUCGGUGUUCUUGUAUGUGGGCAGUGUGCUAUUGAUAUUCUAUCUCUACGUUCGACUGGUCUACAUCCCUAUCGACAAGUCUAACGAAGCUUGUCUCGAUGGCCAGCUCCUUUGGUGGGAUCGUCAACAAGGUCGUACCAUUUCAACGGCAGGAUCAGGAAAAUUCGCACCCAUGUUUGGAAUCGAUUUUUAGAUCUAUAUGCAUUUCAUUUCUGUUAGGUUACAUUUUCUCUGCUGUAGAUAUAAACUAGAGCUCUAAUUUCAUAGUAAUUAGAUAUUUUAGAGGAUCAGAGCCUUUUUCGA